AUGUGUUUCGUUCUACGAACACUUCAUCUUGCUAGCAAACAAAAGCAUUACAAAGUGCGAUACUGUGUCAAAAGUAGAAAUGACAACGCAAAAUUUGUGCUUAUGGUUACUGCUCUCGUCAGUGGUACCACACUUCGAGAAACGUUAAAUGAAUUGAUCAAAUGUGCAGAAUUUAAGAAUAAUCGUCGUUUCUUGUUAUAUUCUUCCGUCUUCAUUUUUCGCCACUAUUUAUUUGUAGAAUAUCCAAUAAUGGUCUAUGAUCUUGAACAAAUUCUCUAUGUCAAACGGCGAGAUAUGAUGAACAAUAAUGGCGAACUAAUGACUUCAGUAUUAAAUGAAAAUGUUAUUGGUCAUAUUCUACGUAAAAUUCUUAAAGCACUUUCAUAUUUACAUCAACAUGCAUUACACAAUAAUUUGAUUACACGAUCAAUUAUCGUUACCGAAAAUUGUGAUAUCAAAUUGACUGGCUUCAAAUGGACAGUAUUAAAAAAUGAAGAUAUUAGAAAGGCUCUUAGCUUGCGAAAUAAUCGUUUCUUUGGACGACCAACACAAUGGGCACCGGAAGAAGCUCUUAAUGAUAUUGAACAUUACGGGCCACAUACUGAACUUUGGCAUGUAGGAUUAUUAAUACCUGAAAUGGUUACGGGUGAAACGUUUCAUUUGACUAAUACGUUGUAUUCAAAAGACGUGAAACAAUAUGCUGAACAACUUUCAUUAAGCUCAGAAAUUCUACGACUGUGGCAUCAUCUAAUGCAACCAAAUCAUAAAAAACGACCAACUAUUGAUGAGCUUUUUGAUCAAAAUAUUUUCAAAAUUAUAAAAUCAACUGAUAAAUCGAAAAUUCGAAAAGCUCUGCUUGCCGACGCAAAAAAGUACCGCAUAUCUUCCGAUGAGUUAGAAGAGCCAUUGGAAAAAUGGACACAGCUGGUGAAUUAUUCACGUGAACAUGGGGCAAGUGAUGUUACGCGUUUAGAAUCCUUAUAUCUUGGCAUGGGACGGAAUGAAUUUUUCUCUUCUGUUAACUACACAGAUGAAAUAGAUGAUGAGAAUCCGAUAUAUAGGAUUGACUUCCGGAGGGUACCAAAUGAUUUGUUGCAAUGUGUUUGUAUUGGAAUAAUCAAAAAUCAUAAAAAGAAAGCUGGAUUAGCCCUUACAGUACAUCUGGAUAUAAAUACAAUUGAUAUGUGCACUGUCGUUUGUCGAAAUGUUUAUAAAUUUGUACAAAGUGAAGUAAUAGGGUUCAUUAAUUAUGUUCGAAUUAGUCUGGAAAUAAUCGAUGUCUUGAAGCAACGUGAAAAAACGCGUGUGAAGCAUAAAAGCUGGCAAAUUUUUUUGGAAGAAGAUGAAAUCAAUAAGAUGGAAACUGUUGCACAAGUUCAAGUAAUAUUUGAUGGUUUAAGCGCUCGGAAUGUUUUGGAAAAUGCAGAAAAAGGAAAUUUUGAAUUCAGAAAUUUCAACACGAUCGAUUCACCGGUGCUUGAAACAUUUUCGCGUACGCAGAACAUGUUAAGUGACAAAAAGAGUUCCGCAUCAUCAGUCAAUUUAAAUUGCUGCGGUAAGGUUACAAACAGUACUACUGGUGAAGUGCAACAUAUAAAUUACCUUGCUGAACACAUAGGGAAUUUGUAUGUAACUGGUGAAUGUAGUGAUAUCACAUUAAAGGUUGAAGGCCGUUUGGUACCAGCUCACAGAGUUAUCUUAGCUGCUCGAAGCCAGUAUUUUAGAGCCCUGCUUUAUAAUGGAAUGCGCGAAACGAGAGAUUCAGAAAUCGAAUUGGUGGACACUUCUUUGAAUGGUUUCAAAAUGCUUAUGAGGUAUAUUUACACUGGUAAGCUAUCGUUAAGUUCAAUGAAGGAAGAGCUAGUUCUUGAUGUUCUUGGUUUGGCACACAAAUAUGGUUUCACAGACUUAGAAAUCAGUAUUUCAGAGUAUAUGAAAGCCAUGUUGAAUGUUAGAAACGUUUGUACAAUAUACAGUGUAGCACAUUUGUAUUCUUUGCGGUCACUUUGUGAUGUGUGUUUAAAUUUUGCUGAUAAACAUGCUCCUGAAGUUAUUUCAACUCAGGCUUUUUUGCAACUUUCUGCAUGUGCGGUUGAACAAAUGGUACAACGCGAUUCUUUAUGUGCUCCCGAAAUCGAUAUAUUUCGUGCUGUACGUGAAUGGAUCCGGCAGCAUCCUGAUCAGCAGGAAGACGCGCAAAUGAUUGUUGCACGAUUACGACUUUCACUGAUAAAACUGGACGAUUUACUUAAUAUUAUACGACCUUCCGGUUUAGUUGCAAGUGAUGCGAUUUUGGACGCCAUUAAGGAACGAAGUGAAAAGAAAAGCGGUGAACUUACUUAUAGAGGAUUUUUGCUACCAAAUGUGAAUGUGGUGACUUCUGCCUUAAAUGCCACGGUAUUGACUGGUGAAGGUUCCACCACUCUUCUGUCUGGCGAAACGAAUCGGUAUGAUAUGGAACGUGGCUUCACGACUCAUGCUAUUGGUGAUAAAAAUCCUGGUAUCAUUGUUCAGCUUGGGCGUCCAUUCAUUAUUAAUCAUAUUCGAUUGCUUUUGUGGGAUCGCGACCAGAGAUCGUAUAAUUAUUAUGUUGAAAUAAGUAUGGAUCAGGAGGUUUGGGUGCGUGUCAUAGAUCAUUCACAAUAUCUCUGCAGGUCAAGACAGAUGCUCUAUUUCACUCCGAGAGUUGUGAACUUUAUACGUAUCAUUGGGACCUACAAUACAGUAAAUAAUUCGUUCCAUUUGGUAAGCAUUGAAGCAAUGUAUACAUCGGAACCUUUCGAUAUUGAUCCAUUUACUACCUUACUUGUUCCAAAUGCUAAUGUGGCAACCAUAGCAAACAAUGCUAUUGUGAUCGAAGGAGUUUCACGUAGCAGAAAUGCUUUGAUAAACGGAGAAACGAGUAAUUAUGAUUGGGACAAUGGUUAUACUUGUCAUCAGUUAGGGUCUGGUGCAAUCGUUGUGCAGUUACCACAGCCAUAUCUCAUCGACUCUAUGCGCUUACUUCUGUGGGAUUGUGAUGAUCGUCAUUAUUCUUAUUAUGUUGAAGUAUCAUGUGAUAACAUGUCUUGGAAACGCAUAGCUGAUAAAACUCAAGAGCACUGCAGAGCAUGGCAAAUCCUGAAAUUUGAUCGACUUCCAGUUGUGUUUAUUCGUCUUGUUGGAACGCACAACUCAGUGAAUGAAGUGUUUCAUUGCGUGCACUUUGAAUGUCCCGCUCAGCGUUCUGCUCUCACGCCAUCUGGAACAUUUAGUACUAUGGUCACUGCAUCAACACAUGAAAGAAAUGAAGAAGUGGAUUCGAUACGGAACACAUUAUCCGCGUGUAUUUCUGUGGCUUCAUCAACUGAUUAG